GGCUACGCGUCGGAGGAUUUUGGGCGCGGAUCGUCUUCUAGCUGUUGCGAGCGGAAGAGAGGUGUGCCAUGGACUGAGGAAGAGCACAGAAUGUUUUUACUUGGCUUGCAAAAACUCGGAAAAGGCGACUGGCGAGGAAUAUCCCGCAAUUUUGUGAUAUCAAGAACACCUACACAAGUGGCUAGUCACGCACAAAAGUACUUCAUCCGUCAGACCAAUACAAAUAGAAGAAAGAGGAGAUCCAGCCUCUUUGACAUUGUUCCUGAUGAAGCUGCUGAGUCUCAGUUCUUUCCUGUGAAUGAUCAAGAAUCAGAUAACCAUGACAAUGCUCCAUUGCCACCUCCAAACAUGGAUGAGGAAUGUGAGUCAAUGGAUUCUAACAAUUCCAUUGAUGGAGAGGCAACUAUCCAGAACCCCGAACCUUCACAGUGCACUUACACAACCCAAGAAACUUUGCAGUGCAUUUACCCUGUCAUGUAUCCUACAUUUCUCACUCCGGUUUUGCCAUAUCCAUUGCCUCUAUGGACAUGCUCCACCGCAGAUACUGCAGAGAAGCGCACACAUGAAGUUUUGAAGCCAACUCCUGUACUUUCCAGGGCACCUAUAAAUGUUGAUGAACUCUUGGGCAUGUCAAACUUAAGCAUCGGAGAACAGAUUGUUGAUAAACCAUCCCCACUCGUGAAAAAUUCUAUUCGAGACUCAGGUAGACAAUCUGCUUUUCAUGCCAAACCGCCGUCAAGUGGCUCAACCGUGAAAUCAAGAGUCCGUCGUGAGAUCAGUAUACGUGGGCCCUAAUACUGAGGUCUGACGUAUGAUGUUUAAGCAUCAUCUUGUUACUAGCGGGUGCUUUAUAACUGUAAUUUCUGUAUUAUGUUAUUCAUAUGUACGUGUAUGCGAAUGCUGUUGUAUGUGACAGUAGUCACGGCUGACUCAUAAAAGUGGCCAAGUUAUUCUUGAUUCUUUUCGUUUC